AUAAUGGAGCAACCGGAAACCUGGCGCUUCCACCCGGAGUGCGCAGGGAGCGUGAGGGGUGCGAACGAGCGCAGCGGAGAACACGCCGGGCGGGCUACCGGGCCGCGUACUCGAUAGGAUGGGCAGUCGGUAGAAGAGUUUUUGCGCUUGUGUGCGGCUCGCCAGGUGGGUCGCUGUCUGGUUCGCUGGGAGGCGGGUGCUCUGCUCUUCCGAUGCGGAGGGAGGAGGGAGUCACGGAUGGGGGAUGGAAGUCAUCUGAGAAGAAACUAGUCAUCCCUGGUCAGGGCUCCAUCUGAAACCGGCCGGCGCGGCAGUCGGGAAGCGUGGACCGGAGAGGCUCACAGCGCGAUGGGAACAGACCGAGAACGGCGCUCAGCGGGCAGAGAGAGAGGCAGGAAUCCAUCGGAGCGUCCAAUCUGGAACUAACCCUCGUUGUGCAAGGGCGGGGGAUAUUAACCGGAGCGAAUCACCUGAAGCCCGGGUUGAGACAGCAAUUUAAAGGGGAAGGAGCGAGGAGUGCGGAGGAGUUACAAGGGGAGGGGCCGGCGGCUAGUUGAGGAAUAUGGCGGAGCAGAAGAACAUCCAGUCGGCGGCCAGCAAGAGUAUCCGCCCGUUCAGAUCCAGCGAGGAAUAUCUGUACGCUAUGAAGGAGGACCUGGCCGAGUGGCUCAACGCCCUGUACGAUCUGGACAUACACGUGGACUCUUUCAUGGAAACACUGGAGACGGGAUGUGCUCUGUGCCAACACGCCAACAACGUCAACCAGACUGCCCUGGAGUUUGAGCACAAGUGGCCGGAGACGGCCGGAAGGAUGAAGGUUCCCCGCAACGGGGUGACUUUCGCCUCCAAGAACGUGCAGCCCGGCUCCUUCAUCGCCAGGGACAACGUGUCCAACUUCAUUGAUUGGUGCCGGCAUGACCUGGGCAUCCAGGACGCUCUGAUGUUCGAGACCAACGACCUGGUCCUCCGCAAGAACGAGAAAAACUUCGUGCUGUGCCUGCUGGAGGUGGCCAGGCGGGGGUCCAAGUUCGGGAUGUUGGCCCCAAUGCUGAUCCAGAUGGAGGAGGAGAUCGACGAGGAAAUGCGCGAUGCGUUGGAAGAGCCGCUCGACGAGAAGACGUUCCGUCCCCGAGUCCAGAGGAGGCUGUGCGACUUCAAAAAUCUGGACGCCAUGGUGCGUGAGAUCCUUGGCUACUGCUCUUGUCCUUCCCAGUUCCCUAUGACUAAAGUAUCCGAGGGUAAAUAUAAAGUCGGUGAGACCAGCACGUUGAUCUUCAUCAGAGUUCUGAGGAAUCAUGUGAUGGUACGUGUUGGAGGAGGCUGGGAUACCCUUGAGCACUAUCUGAACAAACAUGAUCCCUGUAGGUGUACAUCAUCAACACAUCGCUAUCAACCAGUGAAACCUCAGUCCAAGACUUCCGUGAGCAACAGCCCUCUCGCCUCCAGAGCCCCAAGUCCUGGACCGCACCGCUUCUACGAAGGCCUGAAUAUCUCAAGACUACCUGAUAAUGCUAGGCACAUGGACAAGCGGACAACCCCUGCGGCGGAGUUGUCAGCCACAAAACAAAACGGAUUAUCUGCCGCAACACGAGACGGACCAUUCAACCCAGCUAACAGUGGAAACAAAAAUGAGACACCAAGGUUUCAGAGUACACCUGGCAAUCCAGCUGAGUUGGCAAAUAAACGCUUCCAGCAAACACCAGACCCAGGAAGGACUAUCUCAUCUCGAUCAUACGACUGGUCAGAACCAAGGAUUUCUGGUCUUGGGAGACAAGGGGAAUCGUCCAUACCACGACGGCAAGCGGGAGAACGCCAACAGGCAUCCAGCAAGAAGGGCCUCCAGAAAACGGCCUUCACGCCUCGGAAGCUCUCAAGUGACGACGUGCUGAUCGUAGACCGGAGAGACGGGGUGCACUUUGUGCAGCGGCCGGUGGCUCAGCGUGCUCCUGCUGAAAAGGCCCUUGAAGUGAAGCGAAGAAGCCAGUCGUCCGACCCGCUGAAGCAGUUUUCCGAGCGCGACGGGUCGGCCUGCCAGCUCAGCGCGUAUUUACCGCAACGGGGCAGGUCCCGCCUGCCCCGGGGACCCGCCAGGACCCCUUCCAACCCGAGCCAGAACUCGCCCGCGCCCGUCAAGGGGAAAGCUCAACGCGGCGACGGAAUGAGCCACCGGGGAAGGGAGACUCCGCGCUCCCGGGGCCAUGCGGGCGAUAGGGGGGAAGCCGAUAAAAGAGCGGCCAGGGUCAAAUCCCCCGCCCGAUCCAGAUACCAAACUGCGACCGGGCAACCCAAGUAUCCCACUGCCAAGACCAAGGCCUCUACCAACACAGCCAGCUCUUCCAGCCCCGCACCUACGGCUUUCGCAGCCAGACCGCCACUGUCCGUGCCCCGGACCGCCACGGGCACUCACCGUGUCUUGCGCUACGAUAAGAACCAGAACGUGAUUAGCGUGGACUCCGAGCGCCGGCGGUCUUCCAGCAGCUGCUGCGGUACCAGCGGCUGCUCCCCAAAUUCAGAGCCGGAGAGUUUCGACCCGGUUCAGGCUUUCCAUUCCCUCACAGAAGACGAGCUGUACAGGAGCUUCGAGGAAGAGUUUCUGGCCAACGCGAGGCAGAUUUCCCUGGACAGCAAUGGUACUGAGGGCAGUGACACGCUUCCCGUCACCGGUGAAAGCCAGCCAGUUGCUGAAGCCCAGCAGGAGACUACAGAUCCCGCACCCAGACUCGCCACUGUGAAUGACCUGGGAACGGAUGCAGAAACGCCGACCCGGACCCCACCGGAGCGGACUAACAGCCCGGGGCUGGGCAAGACCCGGCCACAGAAUGGUCUGGACAUUGCAGGCGGCUUGAACUGGAAUGAAGGCCUAGAUGGCCUAAAUGCUGUAAAAACGAUAGAGAAGGUAAGGGAGCCCAUCCUCUUGAGUCCUCAGGGCGAAACAGAAUUAUAUACGUUCGGGCUCCGCUGUGCCUCCGACCUGCCGAGUCCCCCUGACGAGGAGGAGGUCGGAAAUGGACAGAUCCCCGAGGUCACUGCAGGGGACAGAACUAAUCCCCUGUUCCCGUGCGAUGAUCCAGGAUACGAGAACAGCGAGGGGUCCGUGAUUGAGACGUCCAGCGAGUCGUCCAUCAACCUCCACCAUAACUCGCACGGUGUCCAAAUGAGGCCGAGGAAGGGGGUGAAGAAACCUGACCGAGUGCCUUCCGUCUACAAGAUGAAGCUGCGCCCCAAGGUUCGGCCGCGGACAGACAACCGGCCCGAGAAGAGGCCCUCAAAAAUCCCCACCCCAAUCAACUGGAGGCAAGGACAGAAAUCUCCGCACCCCCUGCUGGACGGUAGCCACUGCCGGAGAAAACUGAAACACAAACUGAUCCUGUACAGUGAGGACCUCCAGAGUUCGAGAGAGGAUCUCCCGCCUUCGCCCGGCUCUGAUGGCGAGAGAGCUCCAACCCACAACGAUGACGAAGGCUCCUGGGUUUAAUUCCCGAUGUUUACGUCUCAGGAGUUCCAUUGCUUUACGCCUUCCAUUUGUAUUAACCUUGUCAUUAAAUGUAACUCAGGUCGAAUGCAACGCAGGUCUGUGUGGAAAAUUAACCUCCCACUUGGCUUCAACGUCGUUUGGUUGGAAAGGGGGAUUUGGACAGGUGGGGUCCUUGGGAAUCGCCAGUAACCGGGCGAUUGCUUGCCACCUGUUUGUUCCUAUAGGUUAUUCUUGCGGUUUGCUGAUACCUGAUGCACAUUGGAAGGAUUAAUUUGCUCAUUCAUCUUUGGCCAGUAAAAAGGGCUUCUUCACUCAACGGCGCCCUUGACUCGAGGAGGUGGAUGGAGAGACCAUUUGAAGUGUAAUACAAAAUGGCGUCGGCCGUUUGUUAUUUGCCUGUUUAGGUGCGGCGGGUCAGAGUGGACAAUUGACCCGGGCUGGUCCUGUCGGCUGUAGGAACUGGGCAUUGAUUAAAAGGGAAGCGUGUGGUAACGUCGCUACACCCUCCUCCACCCCGCGCAUUCCACUGACAGCUGGGCGAGGUUUAGUGCUGUUCGUGCCUUGAUAACAUGAUGCUGUGUUUUUUUUUCCCUGCAUCGGUGUAUUUUGGAAGGAAAAUUGGAGACAGUUUGGGGAGAGACGAUGGCCGCUGUUACCUGUAGCAAUUCAAAGAAUCUAAACCUAAUGCUGACCAUUCUAUACCUAGCCUUCUACUUAGUAACCAACCAAUGUACGUAAUAAUUGUGAUAAAAGGCAGUUUACUUCGUGCGCAAUGAAUAAUCUCCGUGCUAAUUUGUCUCUGUGAGCCCUGAGUUGUGUACAGUACCUUGGCGCUUUGAACGCCUGAUUCAUUGUUAGAUAGGAGCUGUGGAAUUUUAAACUGGAGCCUUCACGUUGCAUUCACUGGGGUCAAAAACGCUAAAGCGCACAAUUCAACAUGUAGCUGACUUCUCCGAAGGACAAAUGUAACCGGAGCCACCGACGUGCUACCGCGCUAGCCCAUUACAACCCGGACUGCCAAUGGUUAUAUAUUUAAAACUGCCCCGUCGAUUACAGACCACGGCAGCUUUCAAGGUGGCGCGUAAGGAAUCAGAAAUCAAGAGACUUGGGUGGGUUUCCGCGGAUAGCGCUGUGACAUUUUAUGCGUCGUUUGCACACUAAACUCUCAAACUUGCAAUCAAUCCAUUUUACGGUGUUGCACAGGAGUGCUGCACUUUUGGAUUCAUGCUGCUAAAAGUGAAGUGCGUGAGGGCACCUACGUCUGGCUCCAUUGCGUAAUUCCUACCUGCGGAUUGUAUUUACCUCAGGAUCCCGAUAAAUCAGUUUGCGUCCAUCCUGCAAGGUACAGUAAUGUUUUAAAAAAAGUUAAGAAAGCAGUACUGGAUAUGGAGACUCGCUGCAGUUCACUCACUGCGCCUUGUACUGAGGCUCAUCAUCCCGCAAACACUAUUUGUUUCAUAGACCUUGUAUAGAAGAUCAUAAUAUGAAUGCGAUCGACACGCUGUCAGUCGCAGCAGAGGGUAUCAGCAAAGAGCUUUAAACACUUACAUGGAGGCGGUUUCACGAGUGUGAUUUAUUUUCUGAGGCGUUCUCUAAAGGGUUUUGUCGGGGGCUUGGAGAAAGAACUUAAUUGUAUAAAUUUUUGUGCGGCAUUUUUUCCUCCUUGCUGUUGGGUUUUCAGACGUUCUCCAAAGCCCAGAGAGCUGGUUAAUCCAGCCGAGCAAGGUGAGUUCACCACUUCCCGGUAGUAUCUAGAGGCUGCCCGGUGUCCCGCCCCAGCAUGACGGCCAUCCUCCGGUGCGCCACGGUGACCCCUGCGUCACGUUCUGUCGUUGGUGGUGGCUACUCAGAAUGGCUUGGCAAAUGCCCUGGGCGGUUUGAGAGCAACUCCUCGCAUUGGCAGCCCCAAACCACACUGCGGCGAGACAGGGGAAUUGUGGGCACCAUCUAAAGUGGAGAAGGGAAAUCGCGCAGAACCGGGCACCCUGGUGCCCGAGGGAGCCGCGGUCGCUUUGCCAUUCAUUCUUCAUCCGCCUCAUGCUUUUUCCCCUGGUUCGGCCUCUGGGUUAAAGUGUCUUAAUAGUGCAGAUCACUCACCGUCACCUGUUCGAGCCAUGAGCUGUACGCCGCUAUUUACCAAAGACGUGUCGCUAGGUUUUAAAGUUCUCUCUCUAAUACAGGCAGUGUAAUUUGUGCUAAUUAUAAUUGCAAACUUUCAAGAGUGGAGUUUGCAGCCUGUCACUAUAUCUAUUCCUUAUGGAUUUUCCCAUAUCGUCACCGCCCCCACCCCCACCCUCAACUAAAAAAAAUCUAACUUUUCCAAGAAGUGUGGAUCUAAAUUCUAGUUCGAGCUCCGGCCCAAGCCAUGGUGUUUUUAAACUGCUGGUGAUCAUGACAUUGAUUAAAACCAGAGGCAGAUUAGGAUUACUCUGCUGUGAGAUGGUGGGGUUCCUGUGAUCUUUGGUCCGGAGAGUGGGGCAUCCGUGGUGAAUCUACAUUUAGUAAUUUCUAAUUUGAUUCGAUACUCACAGGAACCAACAAUUUAUUGCUGAUAAGAUUUGGUCCCCUGUCCCGCAGAAUCUGGAGGUGGAAACGUAUCAAUUAUCAAGAUGAGCCUCAGCAUCCAUUCUAGUUAAAAUUUGGGUGUAUUUGUCUAUCGAAAUGGCGUUGUAUUAUCUUUUCUCUAAUUAUAGAUCCAAUCCUGCUGCUACUUAAAAAUAAUGUAUUUGCACCACAAAGUGUUGUAAGUACAAAGUGUUACUUAUUCGGGACUUUUGACUGGACUUUAGGACCAGGCGCUUCCUGGCAUGGAAAAUAUAAAAAGUUAUACAGUGUACAGUUAUUAACUAUGCAAUUGUAGCGAUGAAAAUGCCUUGUUUCUUGAAACAAUUUUCAGUUAUUUAAGUACUGUUUGUAGCAAAUUGUACCCGGUCCUGCUGAAUAAUUUAGGACUGCUGCCCCAGGUGUGAAUUGUGGCGCGUUAACCCACAUAGUUAUAUCCUAAUAUAAGUACUUAACUAAUUUCCUACACAACACUUGAUCUUUGCGGGCUUCUUUCUUUCUGCAGACUGCGUUUGAAAACAUUUCUCUGCACAAUGCUUGCCAUUGAAAUGUUGAAUAAGAAAAUGUUAUUCAGAGAAGAAACUAUUCUCCGGACUGGAGAGGAACUGUUCUCCGGUAACAGGCGAGCAACUGUAUCAGGUUGUGAGCAAGAUGCAGAUGAUUACAAAGAAAAUUGAGCAUGUCUGAGUGGUCACCGUUUCACGCAUCGUCUGUCAGCGUCCUGUUGGACCUCACCGUUUACCUGAUUCUUCCUGGACAAGCGCACACAUUCUCUGUCUCUCUGCCUUGCAAGAGAGGAAAAUAAACUGGGAACCGAUCUAUGAGCACAAUGCGUUAACCAUAUUGAGGCAAAACUUUUCCACGUUCCAGUCCGGGGCCCAGCACUACGAGCUUUCCUUUUGCGUUGGGUGUGUGUGCGUGAGGGAGAGAGAAGAACUGAACGGGACUGCUCUGUAGGACUUGAACUGAACUUUGAUUCCAAAUUAUACACAUCGAGGUAGUAUUUCCAACGAGGAAACACAGCCGAUACGGAUGGGGCGAGAAAGCUGGCGACGGAGACAUGGGUGUCAACGACGAAUACGCUAGCUGCACCUAUUCACCGAAGAUGGGUAUUACUCUGGAGGAACCUUUAGUUAGACCCGUCUUUACCUGUAUCAACUAAGUGUUAAGUGUGUAUGUAAAACGUGUAACCAGGAGAACAGUACACAACGCUGUAAAAUGAAUGUUUUGCCUUUAAACCCCCACCCAUUGCCUUAAGAUGUUGCUUCCACUAUUUAACGAAGUAAGAGUGUGCGAUUUUUGUAAAUGAUUUGUCGUUUGCGGUUAGCAAUGUUUGAAUCACCCCUGUAUGGAGUUGGGGGGGCGGGGUGAUUAUUUUGAAUGAGACUGUAUUCUGUUCUGCGUUUGUAACUUGUCGUUGGGGAUCAUGUGAUGUAAUGGAGAAAAAAAAACCAAGUUCGCUUUCUUUCAAAGUGACGUCGCACUGGGAUGAUAUUUAAAAAAUAAAGACUAAAAUCAUUUUUUACAGUAACGUUUAAUAA